AACAAUCGUCAAACCCUAUCUCUUCUUCUUCUUCUCUAAAGAAACUAUAAUCUUUUUCUCUUACAGAUUAUCACUUAUGGAAAUUUGUAGGUUUUUCGAUUCAAAGAUGUAUGGGGCGUCGAAUUUCAGCUGAAUUUAUUCUCAUAAAUCAGACUCUAGGAACUUGUAACAUAAUAAUUGAGAAAAAAAAAUCAAGAUUUUGAAGCAUAUGGAGGGCUCUGUGACCGCAUCCGAGGAUUUCGGGGCUCCGCCAGAGUCUUGGGAGGUUGCUGAUGUCGACGCCAGCAUGCGCCGCCUUAUGCUGUCUUCUACGAAAAACGAUGCUGUUUCUUCUGAUUCUUCGAGUAGCAAUCGGUCUGAGAAGGGCGAUGUUUCUCCUUCGAUUGUUGUACCAGAGGAUUUGGUGAAUUCUGUGGAUCAGUUUCUAAGGGAGGCCUUGCAAAAUCCUCGUGAACGGCUCUCUGUUUUACGAAUCGAGCAGGAUGUUGAAAAGUUCAUCCAGGAUCCCACUAGAGAUCAGAUGGAGUUCCAACAGUUGCCUACUUCUUACUUGAGGUUGGCUGCACAUCGUGUAGCCCAGCACUAUUCAUUGCAGUCUAUGGUUUUAUUGGAUAAUCAGCCUGAUGGCUCUGGUUCUAGAAUUAUUGUACGCAAAACGUCUAAUAUUCGCCUGCCUUCUAUCCGCCUUGCUGACAUUCCUGUUAAUCUACCAACAGAAGAUGGUCUUGUUAAGUUUGCAAUCAAGCAAAGGCCACAGAAAGGGUCACAAACCUUAAGUUCUAAUUCACGUUCUUCAAAACCCAGUGGUUCUAAGAGUGUUGAGGAAAGAAAAGAGGAAUAUAAUAGGGCUCGGGCACGAAUAUUCAGUUCCAAUAAUUCUAGUGGGAAUUCAAAUUGGAAACCAGAAAAUGAGCACAGGACGAAGGAUAUUUCCCAGAAAGAUUCAUCCAGGAUAUCAAACAGUGAAGAGAGAUUUUUUCCAGGAGGUGGGUCUGAUCCUAUUCGUAGAAGUUUAUCUGAUUGUUCUACAGUUAGCGGUAGAUCACCUGUAAGUAGGACAGAGGAGCCAGUUGGUAGGUUCAAAACUAAUAAUAAGGUGGCUAUUUUUCGGGAUCGUGAAGUUGAUCGUGUGGAUCCUGACUAUGACAGGAGCUAUGACAGAUAUAUGCAAAGAUUUGAUCCUGGUUUUGGAUAUAACGGCGGCCCAUAUGCCAUUCAGCCCAUGUAUGCACCUGCCUUGAACUAUAACACUGAAUUUCCACAGCUUGGAUCAAGUCAUGGGCCUCCAAUCUCUACUGAACACCAACCUUAUCCUGUUCCCCAACAUCUACCUGGGCCAUGGGUUGCACCAUCAGCUCCUGCUGGUAUUGGGUAUGGUCCGCCAGAGACAAUGAUGACUACAUUUAGUCCCAGUCAUGUUGGUGCACGCACCAACUCAGCUCUCUACUUGCACUCUGCUCAAUAUCCUUGUCAACGCUCUGGAAUGCCAGUUAUCCAUCCCCAUGAAGCAAUUCACCGGCCUUUUCCGCAGUCUUAUCAGCAGCAACAUGAUGCUAGCUUUGGAAUGGCCCAGCCCCGAUAAGGGGCUUGGGCCGUGCCUGCAUCCUACCAGUAGACUUGUCUUAAAUGAUGAGGACGCUGCUAGGGCAGCGCAUUGCCCCAACUGGACAAGGUGCAGGCAUAGGCAACCGAGAUGCGCUGAAUGGACAUUUGGCACCAUCUUUGGUCCAUCCACGAGUCUCGGUUAAAUAGAGCUUUAUUCGUGUUCGAUGGAGUUAAUAGGUGGUAUUGCAAUUGAUUGGACGAGUUCCCUAGGACUCUCCCUUGCACUGCAUGAUGACGAAAAUCAAGACUGGAAGUGAAAUCAUAGCAGUGUAGGUGACUCAUAAGUUGGGCAAAGGAGCAGGUAUAAUACCAGUGUGCCCAAAAAAUGAUUAUUGCCUGAAAGAUGUCUUGAAGAAGAAGAGCUAUCUGUUUGGGCCUCGGAAACCAUUACUUCUUGGCUAACUGUGAUUGUGUGUCUUCGACUAUGUCAACUGUCCCAGUAAAUGUAAAGCUGCUACUUGAAAUAGCGUACUAUCCAAACCAAACCUUCUAUAGCAUAGUACCUGAAGUGUUUCUGCUUAGGUUUUUUUGAUAAUUAAACAGCAUCUUGGUUACUUAACAAUUGUUACCAUUUUCUUGGGCAAAUUUCGUGUAAUGCUAAUUCUGCAAUAUAGUAUGCCUUGAGUCAUUAAUAAAUAAAAGGGAAAAUUGUAGCAGCA